GGUGUCGGGUGCGCGCAUAGCGCGUUCAGGCUCAAUCAUUAGCUGUGAGGCGCUGUGAGGUGCGGAUCAUGGCUUUGGUGUUCGCGCUUAUCUUGCCGCUGCUCUCCCUGUUUCCCCGCUCCGGAGCCAACCGGCACUCGGUCUAUUGGAACAGCUCCAACUACCACCUGCGGCGGGACGGCUACACGGUGCAGGUGGAUGUGAACGAUUACCUGGAUAUCUAUUGCCCCCACUACAAUGAGUCGGUGGUGGAGCACAAGAUGGAGCAGUACAUCCUCUAUAUGGUGAGCUACGAGGGCUACCGGACCUGCAACAUCAGCCAGGGCUUCAAGCGCUGGGAGUGUAACCGCCCCCACGCCCCCCACAGUCCAAUCAAAUUCUCCGAGAAGUUCCAGCGGUACAGCGCCUUCUCCUUGGGCUACGAGUUCCACGCCGGCCACGAGUACUACUAUAUCUCGACACCGACGCACAAUCACAGGCGCUCCUGUCUGAAGAUGAAAGUGUUUGUGUGCUGCGCCAGCACUUCCCACUCUGGAGAGAAACAUUCCCCGACCCUCCCCCAGUUCACGAUAGGCCCAGAGGUGAACAUAGAGGAUUUAGAUAACUUCAACCCGGAGAUCCCAAAGUUGGAGAAGAGCGUCAGUGGGAGCAGCCCCAAGAGGGAGCACUUACACCUGACAGUGGCAGUUUGUCUCAUUAUAAUGACGCUCCUGGCUUCCUAGCUCUCUCUCCGUGGCACUGAUGUUGGAAACCUUGUUGGCAGAAUUCAAACCGGGCAGAACCAAGCAGGUUGGGACAGAGCUAGAGGCAGGGGUCUGGCAUUAGGUGACCCCCCUCUCCCCUCUCUGUGUUUCUUCGCUUCCUUUGCAGAGACUCCGCCCCUGUGGCCACGACACUACCAUAAAGGAAACUGGACAUUGUGAAGGUCACUGGCUGGUGGCUCUUUGGACACGUCAGGCUGGGGCCACAGCUCUGCCGAGUGAUGUUGGUGGGGCCAGGAGAUGGUUUCUCAGGACCCCUAGAGACAUUUGAACUUGUGUGCGGCCUCCAAGGACAACAUGGCUGCCCAAAUGUGCUGCCCUCUGUCGGUGGGCUCUGUAACUCGAGUGCCUACACCCCCUUGGCUCCUGCAAGGACAAUAAUACCCUCGGGAUAUGGCAGAGCCUUGGACUGGACCAUCACAUUUAUUGGCCUUAUCACCCCGAGUACCCCCUGCCUCUCUCAUUCUUACAUACAGCUUGGAUGGCUCCUCCCACACUGAAGCCUGUGAGACCCCUCCCACCCGGAACCAGCGGAGACCCAGCUUUAACCCAACACUGUCUGCUCUAAUGGUGCCAUUUUGUACACUCUUUGUACUGGACUCAACAAUACAAGCUGUUGCCCUUGUGUGGAUUAACCAGAGGCCCCUCCUACCUACCCAGAUCCCCCACCCCUUUCCCUGGAGACACAGAUCUGUGCAGCCCUCGGCUGAUUGGUCCGAGGCUUAUUCCUAGAGCAAUAGCCCAACACUCCACUUUAUAUGUCAUUAUACAUUACCCACAAUCCUCCCCUGGCCCCGGUGUAACUGCUCUAUGGGUGGAACCUUGUGGAACUGAGCAGCCAAUCACCAUUCACCAUCAUACCCUCCCUGCCACGUGUGUGUUUUGCCUCUGCCCCACUGCAUUCUGGGAUACAGAAUAGCAAUGAAAAGACUCCUCCCCCUGUGACCCUUCCCCCAUACUGGCAUCUGACUGCUGUGGGUUGGGGGCUACUGUGGAAUUGGACCCCCCACACUGCACUCCCGGGGCCCCAUGGUUUGCAUGUACACGGCCAGUCGAGUGUGAGUGUCACUCAGGUGAGUGGGGCUACUCCCACGCAAUAGUGAUCAUGUGGGUGUUACUGGCCCCACCCACUCAGCUGGAACCUUCUGGAUUUAUUCCUGGGGGAGGAGAAAUGGACAUGUGACACAAAUGUUUCCCACCCCAAUAAGUUCUAUUGGAAAGAUGAAGCUCCGCCCUUUAAUAUAGGAGCCUGCCCCCGGGCCUGUUUGUACAUAUCUCUCUCUCUCUAUAUAUAUAUAUAUAUAUAUAUAUUGGUAUAUAAGUCUAUAUAGGGCCCCCGGCUGCACCCGUGUAUAGUGACUUGUAUAUAGACUGACAGUGGCUCCUCCUCUUCCUCAUGUCUUCCAUGAAGGCGCCUCCUCACUAUGCAAUGCACAGACACUUUCCAAUAAAGACCAGACUGACCUUUU